AUGUGUAGUGGGCCAACUCAAUCUGAAGUGACCAGCAAGGAGAAGAAGGUUACCAUUUAUGGAGGACAAGUCAGCCUGCCACAGCUUGUGCAAGCAGACCGGUAUAGUGAUGUCCAAAACAUGGUUGGUGAAGCCCCGAUGCAGGCCUUCCCUAAGCCUCCCUCCAACAACUUGGAUCGGCAUAUCGAGAUUACUGGAGGGAGCCACACCUUUGACAGUGGUCUGGGAGAUGUGAUGAAAAUGUUUGCUGAAUCCCUCCAUGUCCAUGAUAUCUCAACUAGUGCUAGUUUGCCUAUGGGAGGCUCGAGUUUGCUCAGACAGUGCUGCAUAGAGAGGUGCCCCAAGUUGGGUGAAGUCUUCCCCUCGCCUUCACUUACAUUUCAGCAGCUAGAGACCUUCUGGGCAUCAGAUCUCCUAAUGGCCCGUUGGAUAUGCAGUAAAGCUUUUCGCUACAACAAUUAUGGUACGUUCAGUAAUCUGCAACACCUGCAGCUGCGCUCUUGCCCAAGGCUCCAGUUCGUGCUCCCUGUGUGGUUCGACUCCUUCCCAAGUUUGGAGACCCUCCACAUCAUACGCUGCGGAGACCUCAGGCACGUCUUCGUGCUGGACAAGGGAUGGCACCAACAAAUAUACAACCAAGGUGUAGCAUUCCCAAAACUGGCCACAAUCCACCUGCACGACCUGCCAAUGCUGCAGCAGAUAUGUGAAUUCAAGAUGGUGGCACCGGAGCUCAAGACCAUCAGGAUCAGAGGAUGCUGGAGUCUGCACCGGUUGCCGGUGGUGGGUGCCCGUAGCGGAGACAUGAAGAAGCCAACCAUCAAGAUCGAGAAAGAUGUCUGGGACGUACUGGAGUGGGACCAAGAUGUGGCCCCUGGCCACUUCGAGGCACCGCAGCACUCACGCUACUACAAGGAGAAACUGCCCAGGGUCUCUGUCCUCAGGUGAUCUUUGCGCUGCACUUGGCUGAUGUGGUCGAGUCUUCCAUCAACCAUCAGUGCAUGGGAGAUCAGAUGGACGCUCGCUCCUCCAGGUCCUACUGCUGCUUCCAGGGUUGCUUAAUCAUGGAUGGAAAUUUGAGGUGGUGUCGGUCAUCAGUCGAUCCCCUAUCACUACUACUGUGUAUCGUGUCAAAUGUGAACUUAUGGUGGCUCUCGCUUUUGUGGCUUUUAAAUAAGAAGCGGCAUGGUUCUUGGCUGCUCGCAUACCUACGAUGUGUGUGGAAGUGUGGCUUGUGUGCCUGUGUGGUGUUUUUUUUUGAAGGAUUUUGACUGUUUUGGUGUGCAUCUA